GCCCUUUUCGCUCAGUUCCUCAGAGACGAGUAAACCAUCCCCCGAGCUCGCCACCGGACAUAGUUGACUUGAGCUCGACACCAGACAUAGUCAAGAAAAUAUACAGUAAUUUGCACUUAAGAAGAUGGUGAGAGUCAGUGUUUUGAACGAUGCACUUAAGAGCAUGUACAAUGCCGAGAAGAGAGGCAAACGACAGGUCAUGAUCAGGCCUUCCUCCAAAGUGAUCAUUAAGUUCCUUUUGGUCAUGCAGAAGCAUGGUUACAUUGGAGAGUUUGAGUAUGUUGAUGACCACAGAGCUGGCAAAAUUGUGGUUGAACUGAACGGGAGGCUGAACAAGUGUGGUGUGAUCAGUCCUCGUUUUGACAUCGGAGUCAAAGAAAUUGAGGGUUGGACUGCUAGGCUACUUCCUUCCAGACAGUUUGGAUACAUCGUGCUCACCACAUCGGCUGGCAUCAUGGACCACGAAGAGGCAAGAAGAAAGAACGUUGGGGGGAAAGUACUUGGUUUCUUCUACUGAGACAAAUUUCCGAGAUUUUCAUUUUUGAUUUCUCUUCAUGUAGGACAUGGUAGUUUUCCUCCGCCUAUUUUUCGGUUAUGAUGUUUUUUCCCCCUCGAGAUUAUGAGUUGUUUGGUUUUUCCUUGAGUAAUAGUUCUGUUGCAAUGAACAUGAAGUCUUUUACA